CCAUAAAGCCUCCCAUAAAGCCACGGGCGGACACGUCGCGCAUGGGUUUGUGGGAGUUGUAGUUUAACUUGUUGCCGUGGAGACUCAGGCCGCAGCUUUGUCAGAUGGGGGCGGCGCGCGCCGCCUUGUGGGAGUCGACACAGCCUCCGUUUCCCGUGGUGCCCCGGCUUCCGGAGCGUACGGUCGGAGCGCGCGACCGCGGCCCGGUUGACUGAGCAGCCAUGGACAGCGGCUUCGGCUCGGACUUCGGCGGCACGGGUGGCGGGAAGCUGGACCCGGGGGCCAUUAUGGAGCAAGUGAAAGUGCAGAUUGCCGUGGCCAACGCGCAGGAGCUGCUACAGAGAAUGACGGACAAGUGUUUCCGGAAGUGCAUCGGGAAGCCCGGGGGCUCCUUGGAUAACUCGGAGCAGAAAUGCAUCGCCAUGUGCAUGGACCGCUACAUGGACGCCUGGAACACCGUGUCCCGCGCCUACAACUCUCGACUGCAGCGGGAACGAGCCAACAUGUGACCGAGACCCGUGUCUCGGAACACCGUGCUUAUGACCGGAACUGUUUUCCCUACCAGUAAGGGCGGCUCUUUCCAGGCCCCCGAAGUCUGGCAGCAUGGAGGGCUCGGGGAUCGAGGCCUCUCCCCUGGGCUGCUGCGUCCAGCUCAGUCUCAGAAGAGAGUGAGGACCCGUCUGAGCGCGGGGAUCUGGCUGGCCCCACUGACCUGUGACCUCAUGAGGGCAGGCCAAUAAAUCGCUGCUGGGGCAGAAAAGCUGGCGUGUCGCCUCACUGCUUCAGGUCCCUUCCCCUGAGUAGGCCCAGACCUCCCAGGGGAUCUUUCCUCUGGUGUCAGUGGGCUGAUGGCUCUCAGGGAAUUUGGAGCACGGUCUCAGGUGUUUCAUCCCGGAUAAAGACCAGUCUAGGCUAAGAAGCAUGGUUCCAUGUAGCUCUCACCUGUCAUGCAUGAGGCUCAAGGUGUUAUCCUCAACUCUGAAUAAACCCAAGUGUGGUGCA